CCCCGCUCCUUGCUCGUGCACGGGGGGUGGGGUGGCCUCUCCUCUGGGGCCCAUGGAGCUGCCCACCGUCCACAAGUGUCUCCAACUCAAUAAUGAAAACGAACAGCUACUUAGGAAGUUGAAAAGGCUGCGUAGAAAAAAUCAACAGCUAGAAAAUGAUUUGGCUCAGAUCCAGGAGAAACUGCAUCUGGAGCAGUUAAUGCAUGACUAUGUCACAAGCAGAGAUGUUCAGGUUCAAACAGAAUCCCACUUAUGGCACAAGGGAGGUGGCAGUCACAACAAGGAAAUGAAAGUAGCAAGCGAAAGUGCCAGAAUACUUCAGAUGUAUAAUAACCUGCAGAAACAUUAUGACAGAGAAAUCAAAAUAAACCAGGAACAAAGUGAAACAAUUAAAAAUCUCACUAUUAAAAUUCAUGAGCUAGAGCAUCAACUUCAACUACAAAAGCAAAGAAUUGAGCAGCUGGAAUGUAAAAAGGUCUCCCAGAAGGACAACACUGUUUCUGGAAUAAGGACUCCAACAGCAGAGAGAGAAGUAACAUUUUCUCAUAGAUGCAUAUGUAAAAAGAAGGAAGCCUGUUCUUGCAAAUAUUUAGAGCUAUUGCUGCUUGAGAUUCAAAAGCUGAAGAAAAAAAAUGAGAAGUUGUCUAGAGAAAGGAGAAUGCAAAGAAAUGAAUUACCUGGAUUAGACAAGGAAUUUUUCGACGAGAUAGAAGAUUUAAAGUAUGCUCUACAAGAAUCAAUAAAACUGAAUAAUCAGUAUGAAAAGUGCUUGAAACACAUAAGUUCAACAUAUGGAUUUGCUUUUGCCGCACCUUAUACGACUAUUACUAGUUACAAAACUUAAUAGAAAUUAAACAUUCCAUUUAGAUUUUUAGUGUUGAAUUCUCUCCCCCAAACACGACCAACCUGGUUACCAGGUUAGCACUUCAUUUUCCACAAUAAAAUCAUGACUUCCUUGACUCUAACAUGCAAUUUUACAGUGUUCUGUAUCUUUUACGAUGACCUUGUGCCUUUGUUAUAUAGUUUUUGAAUAAACUAUCCUUUUACC